CGUUCCCAGAUCGACAAAGAUGUGAGGCGCCUGUGCCCCGAUAUCUCGUUCUUUCAACAGCCCACAGAGUAUCCCUGUGACAUUGUGGUGCACAGUAAAGGCGAGCACGGGCGGCGGCUUCACGAACGGGUAGUGCCCACGGUGCUCAGCUCGGCGAACGUCUAGCGCAAGGGCUUGGGCAUGACCAAGAUCAAUUUAAUCACAAAGCGUUCGGUGGAGACCUAUGCCGCCAUGGAGGACGGCCAGGAGGCCCACUGGGAGGUUGUGCAGCGCAUCCUAUUCAUCUACGCCAAGCUGAAUCCGGGCCAGGGGUACGUACAGGGCAUGAAUGAGAUUGUCGGACCCAUCUACUAUGUGAUGGCCUCGGAUCCGGAUCUCUCGUACCGUGCCCACGCGGAGGCAGACUGUUUCUUCUGCUUCACGGCUCUGAUGAGCGAGAUACGCGACUUCUUCAUCAAGACUUUGGACGAUGCGGAGGGUGGCAUUAAGUUCAUGAUGGGCCUGCUAUCCAACAUGCUGAAGACUUAAGAUAUAGACAUCUACGAGCAUCUGAAGAGCAAAGAGCUGUACUAUAGCUUCAGGUGGCUCACCCUCCUGCUCUCGCAGGAGUUUCCACUGCCCGAUGUGCUGCGAAUUUGGGAUUCGGUAUUCUCGGACGAGCAGCGCUUUGAUUUUCUCAUCAAAAUCUGCUGUUCCAUGUAA